AUGGAAUGGGAUGCGUCAAACUUUCCGAAUCCGACUGCCGGUGACUUUAAACGAUGUAAUAUGAUGACGACGGCGAGCAUCUGUGAUCCAGAUGCGGUGCUCACAAAGGAACAGCGCUAUCGUUUAAAUCAUGAAUUGCACCAGCUCGAGUCACGCACACGACAGGUCAGUGAUAUCGACAGGGUUUGUGCGAACGAACACUAA